UACAAACCUCUAACUGCAUGCCCUUUUAAUUAGCUACGCGUUCUAUCAUUGGCCCAUUGCAUAGAUAAAUACAUACAUACAUACAUAUAUAUAUAUACACACACACACACAUUGACUGAUUGUCUUUGUACUAAUUGGGCAAACUAAGCACUGCUGUACUUCUUGUUUUAUUCUUACUUACAUCCAUAAGUACAUUUUACACACAUUCAAGAUGUGGGCAUCUUUCAGAAAAUCAACCAAGAAAGAAGAUAAUAUGCAGCAACCAUGUUGUCCGAGCCACGAGGGCACCACUGUCAACGACGAAUAUCUUUCUGCAAUCAGGACAAAGUCCUUCGCCGAUUUCUUCUUCAAAGUUCAGGUCAUGGUUAAAAACCCUCCUUCUUCAUCUUCAUCAAAAACAAAACAUUCGAGAAAAGUGUCGGCAGAAAACCUUCUCCUAAACCCGGCCCAAGAAACCGUCGCGUCGCUGCUCGAAUCGUCGCCAGUUUUCAACAGAAAAUAUUCCGACAACAUCGAUCUCAAAUCACUCCUCGCCAAUUACUUCGACAUCAGCGCGCAGGCCUCCAAUUUCUGCAGCCGAUUGCUCAACACCCUCACCGGAAUCCAAUCCGACUACACUCUCAUCCAUCAGCUCAUCGCCGCCGCCGAUCAGAGAGGCGGCGCCCUCGCGGAGAUUCAGUCCCGCGUGAUCCUCAACAACCCUUCAUUCUCCAAUCAAGAAUUUAAUCGAAUCCGAGAAAACCACUCCUCAAUUCUGCAGAAUCUUAGGUGGAAGAGGAAAAGGAUCGGCCGGAAAAUUAAGCUGAUAAAAUUCUUCAAAAAGGCCUCCGGCGUGUGCAUCGCAGCCGCCUGCGGCGUUCUGGCGGCGGCGGCUGUCUUCCUCGCUAUUCACACUCUUACAGCCCUGGUAGUGGGUCCCGCACUCCUCGUCAUCCCCAUAGCUCCAUUGAAGAGAAAAGUUUCUAAACGUCUUCGAAUUUCGUCGAAAUAUGGAUUCCUGAGGAAAGUAGUUAAGCAGCUGGACGUGGCGGCGAAGGGGGCGUACAUUUUGAACAGAGAUUUCGACAUGAUGGGUCGAUUGGUGAGCCGUCUACAGGACGAGGUCGAGCAUAAUAAGGCAUUGAUUAGGUUUUGUUUGUCGAGGUCGAGAUCGAGAUCGUCGUCAAUGGUGUUGCAUGAUCAGGAGGAGAAUUCUAGGGUUUGCUGCACGCAGCAGAUGUUGAAGGAGAUGAACAAAUGCGAAUUAGGGUUGAGGAAACAAGUGGAGGAGCUUGAAGAACAUGUUUAUCUGUGCCUUGUUACCAUCAAUCGAGCUAGGGCUCUUGUCGUCCAAGAAAUUUGUAAGGACGACGACGACGACGAUCAUGGUCGUUCUUUUCCGUGUCCAUCUCAGAAUUAAUUAAUUAAUUAAUCCGAUGUACUUAGUUACACUUGUUUGUCCCAUUCGUUUGUUAAUACAUACAUCAUUCCAACAUUAUUGAUCAUUUGAUCAUAUUUAUAG